CCGGAGUUAUUUUGGGGGACAUUUCUUCCUAUAAAUGUGCAUUUAACACCAAGGACAAGGCAUCAUCACGACCACCAUGGCCCUCCGCUUCCUCAUCUUCUUCCUCCUCAUCUCUUUUACAGGCGGUGCAGUGUUCACCCUCAAGAACAACUGCCGCUACACAGUGUGGCCCGGAAUACAGCCAGGCUCGGGGCACCCUGUCCUCGCCAAUGGUGGCUUCAGCCUGCACCCAAACCUCUCCGUCUCCGUCACCGCUCCCAACAACUGGUCCGGCCGCUUCUGGCCACGCACAUCCUGUCACUUCGACCAAAAUGGCAUUGGAAAAUGCGUCACCGGAGACUGCGGUACGGGCCUCCAAUGCACAGGCACCGGCGGAGCACCUCCAGCAUCACUUGCAGAGUUCACCCUCAACGCUCCUGUUGAUUUCUACGAUGUCAGCCUCGUCGACGGCUACAAUAUACCUGUGUCUAUUUUCCCGAGCUUAACGGCAAAGGGUUCAGCUGAGUGCCAUGCGGUACAGUGCGUGGGUGACUUAAACAAGAGGUGCCCCAAGGCUUUGCAGAUGGUUCAGGGGGGAAGGUUGGUGGGGUGCAAGAGCGCAUGCCUCGCAUUCGGGACACCGGAAUACUGCUGCACCGGUGCAUAUGCGAGCCCCAGCACAUGCCAGGCGUCAAGGUAUGCGAAGGCGUUCAAGGCCGCCUGCCCAACCUCAUAUAGUUACGCCUACGACGACGCCACCAGCACGUUCACCUGCCCCGGCGCCGAUUACACCAUCAAAUUUUGCUGAGGUGGCUUUGUGGCUGUCUGGUGGGAGGGUGGUUUUUAUUUUCCCAGUUUAUUUCCAUGUUUUCUAUUUAUUUACACUGGUUCAAAGCAAGGUGUUGAUGUAGUUACUGAGAUUUUAUGGAUGGUAGCUUGGGAAGUUGAAUAGUUGGAAGCAACACUUGGGCUUUGGUGAGUUGGUAGCUGGGAAGUUGGGGGAGGAAGACAUGCUUGGUUCAUAUGUUAUUUUUUUUGUUAAAAUCGAAGGAAAAAUAAUUAAAUAAAUAAAGGAAAAAGAAAAAAAAGACAGAGACUUCAAAAUUAGCUGCUUCUCUUUGGGCCUGAAGAAACAAUGUUAGGAAU